UAACAGAAGAUACAGACGCGACAGCUCUGAACAAAGGACAACACAUACUCAUCCGUUACGAAUCGAUGUCCUAAUUCAAUCUCUAAUAUAUAUAAGUAUCUGAACGGACGUCGUAAUAGAUUUAGAUUUUACACAAUUUAGCAGUAAGUAUAAGAGGUGUUCAGUCGAUGAAUAACGCAGCAAUUUCAAAGUGGCAAGGCUAAAAGCUCAGAUUUUGUUCCUGUGGCAUUGCCGACGUUCAUUUGUUGUACGUAGGCAAUAAAAAAUUGCACAGUAAUUUGAUGUUUUCACCCCAACAUCAGUAAGCAUAUUUCCCGCAUUGUUCUCUAUAUAAAUUUCCUAAUAAUGAAGAUCAUUUUCUUUAUUCUCAAGACCUUGAUGUAUGAUGCAGGGGUUACAUUGUAAGGAGAAAUUGGAUGUUAGUCGCUCUCAUCUAGUGAUAAAAAGGUCAAGGUAUCUUUGGAUCGAACAUAUUACACUUCAUCCACGUAAUUUCAUGGUUCGUAGAACAUUUUCCGUGUUCACAUUAUGUAAAUAGCUUCAAGAUAAUAAAAGAAAUUAAUAAACAAAAUUUCCUUUUGUCCACAUUUGAAAUAACUUCUGAUAUAUCAUUUUCAAAGCGGAAAAUCUAAUCUUGUCGCCAAAAAAAUUCAUUCCCAGCGAUGAGCUGAAGUCAGUUCCACUUUUGGUCCUUAAAAUGUACGAGCAGCUAGUCUUACUAGUAUUAUUGCAAGUUUGCUUCUCUCUAGUGAGGUGUCGUCAGGGAAUCCUUUCAUAUGAUACACCGCAACAAGCCAUGCGCGAAGGAAAGACGGGGAAUCAAAUAAGCGACGAAACUUCACAAGAAACCCUUGUAACAGAAGAUGACUCCUCCCUACAUUAUUCAGAUGAUAGUAAAGAUGAUGAAGUCACUGUGGAGUGCUUACAAAACAGCAUGCUUAUUGCUAUUCCCAAGUCCUUGCUCCGUGGUACAGACCGUGAGCAUAUCAGAGCCCUGGACGUGGAUUGCGGAGCAACCGACAAUUUAACCCACUAUAUCCUUGACGUACCGCUGACCAGUUGUGGAACAAAGAGCAGGCACACAAACUCGUCAAUUAUUUACAGCAACGAAGCUCUGCCUGUCCCGCCUAUGGCAAAGGACGUUGUUUCUCACGUGCCCGAUUUCCAGAUUCCGUUUCAUUGUUAUUACGAUAGUGAGGGACUGGUGUCAGGAGUUGGACUCAUGCCACGAAGUGAGAAAGUUAUCUUCUCCGAAAAAGGCUUCGGCAAAUUCACCAUGAGGCUACAGCUCUUCCCAGACCUCAGGUUUGUUGGCCCAUACACUCAAGACGAUUACCCCAUUACACUAAGACUACGCCAAAAGAUAUUCUUUGAGGCAUCUGUUGACACCAUUGACCACAGGCUAACCAUCCUCGCCAGGGAAUGUUUUGCGACGCCCAGUCCCGACAUCAACAGCUCACCCAAAUAUUGGAUCAUCAAGAAUGGCUGCAAAAUGGAUGAGACACUCGAAUAUUACCCGGCCAAUGAGAGAUCUGAGCGCUUUAGUGUGGAAAGUUUCAAAUUCAUCGGAGAGCACCCAUUUGUCUUUGUGCAUUGCCAUAUAAGGGUUUGCAACCAUUCGGAUCCAGAAUCCAAAUGCGUACGCAUCUGUGAAGAUCGAAGUAAACGUGAUGUCAGCGUUGUGCAGGAGAGCGUCGAUGACGUUUAUCCUCUUGCCCAGGGCCCUAUCACGUUGAGAAAAGAAGAAGUCAAAGAUGAAAUGGCGACUAAUACUACCAGAAAUGGUCCAACUGUACCCGUUAUUGCUAUGGCGACUGCACUUCUAGCACUGAGCGCUCUGGGUGCAGCACUUCUAACAAAACACAAGAGGAAGUCUGUACACGAGUACAAGAUGCUUGUCGAAGAAAUUCAAGGCUGAAAAAGUGUAAUGAUAUAUAGAUACAACAUUUUGCUCAUCUGUCUACGUAAAGAGUCAAGCUUCAUUUUUUUUUUCAGACGAGAAAGAUAUUAUCACUUAAGUAAGGUAUGAAAAGCCAAAGAGGCGCAUACAAAAAAAAGUUACCGUUCAAGAGAAGCUGACCAGAAUAUGAUAAUUUGCUUUCACAGCUGUUAAGAAAAGAAUUAAUAGACGUGAUCUUCAAAUUUGUGUGUUUACUUUUAGCUUCUUAAGCAGAUGGUUCAAGAAGUUUGCGUUAGAAUACGAGAAUUUCAACCCUGGAAAUAGUAAUUGGAGGCAGGCUGCGAUCAAAACUGAGGGUCUCAGGGGGUUAACCGUUAGCCGUAAAACGGCGAAAAAAAUUAGCCGUUAAGCGUAAAAAUAGACAAAUCUCAGUUAACCGUUAAUCGAAAAAAUGUUAGCCGCAAAUGAAAGCCAUCACUCCAUUAACACCCUCUAUAAAAUGCCGAUUUAGAACUGUGGGAAGUUAUUCUUGGACAGAUAAUUAUUAAGAAUGAAUUUUGAAUUA